AGUCGUGUGCCGACUUUGUAACGGCGAGGACGGUUAUUUUAAGCGAACCAACAAACCACGUCGUGAAUUGGCGUAAAUUUCAAACAAUUGCCGCGAAAACACAACAAGUGAGAAAUAGUUUUGAAGUUGUUUUUCCGAGGGAGAUUAAAUUUUGUUUGUUUUACAGUUUAACAUUGACAGAGUUCAUCUUGAAUUGUACUCCUACUCUUAUAACAAAUUACUCAUACGGUACAAUAGCAGCAUAAAAAACCCAAAUUGGUCCAUACUCACCGGGAAUAUCCCCAGGCCAUUCAAAUUAACUACCAGGAAUUCAACCCAGAUAAUAACUUUUAACAGCCGCCUCCAAUUACAAUCAUCUGCAUAAAAGGGACCAUCCGACUCUUAAUACCGUCAUAAAGUGAAACAGCCCAAACAAUCUUUUUAUUAUCGGUUAAGUGUCAGUUAUGGUUAAUCUUAGGAAGAGAGAAGUGUGUCCGUAAUUGAAAGUUUUUAAAAAUAGUCUUGAUAACGUGAUACAUUUUGAGCCGUCUUAAUUAAUAUUAAUUAUAUAAUUUUUGAUAAAUGUGUUUUGUGUUCCGCUAGCGUGAGUUUUAGUUUAGUGCCAAAGUUUACCUUAAUAAUAUUUGUGAAUGUGUUUAGUUCAAUGGUUUUAAGUAAAAACUCUGUGAAUAAUCAUGGAUAUAGCAAAAGAAAAUUACAAUCCCAAUCCCAGGGAUGGAGCCAAUGUGUUUUCCGUCCUCUUUUUUUCUUACACAAUUGAGAUGUUCCGGAAAGGAUAUCGCAAAGUUUUGGACGUGGAUGAUUUAUAUAAUCCAAUAAGAAGUGAUAGAAGUACAGUAUUAGGAGAUAGAUUAGAAAAAAAAUGGAAUUCACAUCUAUUAAAAUGCAACAAAACCCGAAAAAAACCGAGCCUUCUGAAAAUACUAGUGUCCACAUUUUGGCCAGAAUACUUAUAUUUAGGCUGUAUAUUAGCUCUAAUGGAUCUCUUAGUUAGGCUAUCACAGCCCAUUAUGUUGGGUAACAUGUUAUCGUACUUCAAACCAGGAACAGAGACUACUAAGGAAGAAGCCCUUUGGUAUGCAGGUGCUGUAGUAGUUCUAAAUGGAAUCAGCGCUUUAUUAAUCAAUCAAUAUAUCAUGAAUGCCUUUCAUUAUGGUAUGAAAGUUAGAGCAGCUGUUUGUUCUCUGAUAUACAGAAAGGCGCUGCGAUUAAGUCACACAGCAUUAGGAGACACUGCUUCUGGUAAAAUAGUUAAUUUAUUAUCAAACGAUGUCAGCAGGUUUGACAUAGUAUCAAUUUUUAUCCACCACAUGUGGGUAGCACCCACUUCGGCAAUAUUUAUUUUGUUCUUCAUGUACAGAGAAGCUGGCUAUGCAGCAAUUCUGGGUAUUGUGACGGUGUUCCUCGUGGUACCUUUGCAAUCAUACACUGGUCGACUUUCUGCAAUUUAUAGAAAACAAACUGCUCUAAGAACGGACGAGAGAGUCCGAUUGAUGGAUGAGGUUAUAUCUGGUGUCCAAGUAAUCAAGAUGUACGCUUGGGAAAGGCCGUUCAAACAUUUGAUUAAAUUAGCGAGGAAAGCUGAACUAAAAAUUGUAACAAAGUCGUCGUAUGUAAGAGCUUUGUUUAUGACUUUCAACUUAUUUACAACUAGAGCUGCGUUAUUUGCUACAUUAUUGACCAUGGUAUUGACUGACCAAAAAAUCACAGCUACCAAGGUAUUCGUUUUCAUGUCCUACUUCAAUAUACUUUCUCAAACGAUGUCUGCCAUGUUUGUUAGAGGUAUAGCAGAAAUUGCAGAACUAAUGGUAGCAAUCAAAAGAGUCCAGGAGUUCAUGUUAAAUGAGGAAUUUCGUCCAGUGGUAAAACACCAAAACAAUAACGACAAAAUAUUCUUCAACAAAACCCUUAUUAGCUUAAAAGACUUGACUGUUAAAUGGAAUUUAGCCACCAAAGAUGACGCUCUAAAGAAAAUAAAUUUGGAUGUUAAUGAGGGGAAAUUGAUUGGUAUCAUUGGAACAGUCGGAAGCGGAAAAAGUUCGCUGUUACAGACGAUUUUAGGAGAGCUCGAAGUAAUUUACGGCAGUAUUGAAGUCAACGGCACUGUUUCUUACGCCUCCCAAGAAGCGUGGGUAUUUGCAGCUACCAUUCGACAAAACAUAGUUUUUGGUGACAAAUAUGACAAACAACGAUACAAUCAAGUGGUCAAAGCGUGUGCGCUAGAAAAGGAUUUUAAACAAUUUGACAACGGAGACCUCACCAUCGUAGGAGAACGAGGGGCAUCUUUGAGUGGAGGGCAAAAGGCUAGAAUCAAUUUGGCGAGGGCUUUGUACCGGGAGGCUGAUAUAUAUUUGUUAGAUGAUCCAUUGUCUGCUGUGGAUAUUCAUGUUUCGAAGCACCUUUAUGAUGAAUGUAUUAAUGGGUAUUUAGGAAAUAAAACUAGAGUAUUGGUUACCCAUCAAGUUCAUCACUUAAAAGAUGCUGAUCAUAUUGUUAUAUUGAAUAACGGAACUAUAGAAAAUGAAGGCAGUUUUGAAGAGCUUUCGGUUAGUGAUAAUUUAUAUGCCAAAUUGCUGACUUCCGAAGUUGAACUUACGGAUGAAGAAAAACAGAAACAGACAGACGUUGCUAAAAUUAGUAGGAAAAUAUCAAUUAGGAGGUCACGAACGUCGUUAGUCAGCGCCGCUAGUGAGCUUAGUCUCACCGAUGCUAUUUUACAAGAAGCUGCUGGAGAUGAUGAUGAUGAAGAGCCAGAAAUAAAACUGAAAGAUUUGCAGGAAGAUUCCUCGAAGGGUAAAGUAAAAGAAUCACUGUUCUGGAGCUAUUUAAUUCACGGAGGCAAUAUAUUCUUCGUGGCAUUCGUUCUUCUCUUGUAUAUUCUUUCGCAAGUGGCGGCCAGUGGUGUAGACUAUUUUGUCAGCGUUUGGGUAAAUAUAGAAGAAUUUAGAAACCAAACAUUAUAUAGAACGAGUGCAAACAAAACAGAAGAAGUCAGUAUUAGAUCUACCGUAGAAUGGUCAACGGAAACAUGUAUUUACAUAUACGCUGGAGGAUUAAUCACUCUGUUCGUGGUAGCAUUCGCUAGAUCGAUGCUAUUUUACAAGCUAGCCAUGUGGAGUUCUCAAAAAUUACAUGAUGUCAUGUUCAAUAGUGUCAUAGCAGCUACUAUGAGAUUUUUCGAUACGAAUCCCAGUGGAAGAAUUUUAAAUAGGUUCUCGAAAGAUAUAGGAGCUAUAGAUGAAUGGUUGCCUAAAGCUAUAUUGGAUGCUUCGCAGAUGAUUCUAAUGAUGGUUGGAUCGCUGAUAUUAGUUGCAAUAGUAAACCCAUAUUUCCUCAUAUUAGUUUUCUUCAUGGGUAUUUUCUUCUUAUCAAUGAGACAUGUGUACCUGAAAUCAUCGAAAAAUAUCAAAAGACUGGAAGGAAUAAUGAGAAGUCCUGUAUUUACCCACUUAAAUGCUACUCUCCAGGGAUUAACAACGAUCAGAUCAUUUGGUGCUCAACCCAUUCUAAUGAACGAAUUCGAUAAGCAUCAAGAUUCCCAUACCAGUGCCUGGUUUAUGUAUAUUGCUGCAAGUUCGGCGUUUGGAUUCUACUUGGACAUUAUAUGUUUCAUAUUCAUAGCCAUUAUUACAUUUUAUUUACUUAAUUUUGGAGAAGGGUUAGCACUGAAAGGUGGUGAAGUUGGUCUUGCUAUAACACAAGCAACAGCACUGACAGGUAUGGUUCAAUGGGGCAUUCGCCAGUCUGCAGAGAUUACUAACCAGCUAAUGAGUGUAGAAAGAGUAUUGGAAUACAAGUCCCUACCUGCCGAAAUACAACCAGUGGUUCCUAAAAAACCAUUGCCGAAAUGGCCAGAAAAGGGAAAUGUUUCAUUUAGAAAUAUGGGAUUGAAAUAUAUAGAAGAUGGACCAUUGACACUAAAUAAUCUAAAUUUGUCCAUUAAGUCUAAUGAGAAGGUUGGAAUAGUGGGCAGAACAGGUGCAGGUAAAUCGUCUCUGAUAGCAGCCCUAUUUAGACUAGCUAAAAUCGAUGGGGAAAUCAACAUAGACGGAAUAGACACAAAAGACUUACUUUUGGAAGAUCUCCGUUCAAAAAUAUCGAUCAUUCCCCAAGAUCCUGUCCUAUUUUCAGGAACCUUAAGAUAUAAUUUGGAUCCUUUCGAAGAAUACCCUGAUGAACUUUUAUACAAAGCAAUCGAUGAUGUUGAACUAAAGGAUCCUGCCAAUAUAAUAAAUAGAUUAGAAAAUAAAGUGAUGGACAGAGGUUCCAAUUACAGCGUUGGUCAAAGGCAGUUGAUCUGUUUGGCCAGAGCUAUUAUUAGAAAUAACAAAAUUUUAGUGUUGGAUGAAGCUACUGCCAAUGUGGAUCCACAGACUGAUGCUUUAAUCCAGAAAACUAUAAGAAAAAAGUUUGCAGAUUGUACGGUACUUACAGUUGCUCAUAGACUGAACACUAUUAUGGACUCGGAUAAAGUACUCGUAAUGGCAUCGGGCACUAUGGUAGAAUUCGAUCAUCCACAUCUACUACUUCAGAAUCCUAAUGGUGUCUUUUAUAAAAUGGUAGCUGAAGCAGGCAAGGGUCUUGGCGAUCAACUUAGGAAAAUUGCCAAAGAUAGUUAUCAAAGGACCCUUUCACUUCCUGAGUAGGGAUUAGUUUUAAUAUCUUGAGAUAUAUUCGUUUAAGAACACGUUGAGAUUUCGAAAAUAAUUCUUGGUAUAUAUACCAAGGUAUAAGCAAACCAUUAAUUUUGAUUACAAAUUUAUUUGUAUCUUAUGAUGAUGUAUUUGAUGUUGGAAAUUAUAUAUCACCUAAUAAAUAACUUGAGGUACAGCAAACGUUAACUAUGGCCAUGUUCUGUGAUACGUAAAACGUCGUAUUUUCGCCUCGUAUUACCAUAAUUGGCGUUUGUUGUAUGCAGAUGACAUUAAAGAUUAACGUGGUAAAAGAUAUGUGAUCUUAAAAUAAAAUAAGGCCACGUUUUACUUAAGGUUUAGUACUACAUAUCGGUUAAAAAUUUGUUAAAAAUAACUCAACUUAAAAUUAAAUCACGCUUUUAUAGUACAUUCUGUAGAUAUUGAAAUCAGAACAUAUGCUCCAUAAUCAGACUGCACUGUAUCAUUUUCACAUUUAUACAUAUCUUCGGUAAGAAAAACAAAAUAAAUGAUCGAGUACAGUAAUUUAAGUAAUCAAAUUAUGCGAAGGCACUCCCGAGAAGCAGUUACUAAAAGCAUAUUGACUCCAACAGUAUAUUAAAACCAAUGUCAUUUCUACUUCACAAGCCGUGAUAUUAGAAUUAGCUACGUUCCCAGCAGCACUGUCAUAUAAUUUGACUGAUUUAAGGUCGAUUCAGACACAUCAGUCACGUCUCGUCACAGUGAUUGCGCCGAACCGAACAAUCCGUCAUACAAAAUAUUCUUUAAUACAAAAUGUUGCCGGCAUUCACACUCAUCAGUUGACAA